ACAAACGAGAAAGAGAGAACUUUUCAAUUUGCCCGUUUGUUUUUUUUUGGCCGAGUCGUAAUCUUCGUCGACACCAAUCUUCUGGGUUUCUCGAGAAUGAGCUAUCUUCUUCCCAGGAGGAACAAGUUCUUAUCUUUGAUCAGAAGACACAACCUAAUCCUUCCGUUUAUUUCCCCUGAAACUAAAACCCUGAUAAACCCAGAUCCUCAUAUCCCCCAAUUUCAAAGCAACCCUUCUUCUGUUUUCCGGAUUUCUCAAUAUGCAACCCAAUCUUCCAAGUUCCCAGAGUACGAGAUGCCCACCGUCACAUGGGGAGUCAUACAAGGGAAGAAAGAAAAGCUCGUGAAUCGCGUAAAAAUCUGCGAUUAUCUCAAGGGAUUGGGCAUAAUCACCGAUGAAUUGGAGAGUAUCGAGCUGCCUUCCACCAUUGAAGUCAUGUGCGAGCGUGUUGAGUUCUUACAGAAGCUAGGAUUAACAAUAGACGACAUAAAUGAGUAUCCUUUGAUGUUAGGCUGCAGUGUGCGUAAGAAUCUGAUCCCUGUCUUGGCUUACUUAGAGAAAAUCGGAAUCUCCAGAUCGAAAUUAGGAGAAUUUGUUAAGAACUAUCCGCAGGUUCUCCACGCAAGUGUGGUCGUUGAGCUUGCCCCUGUGGUCAAGUUUCUCCGAGGGCUCGAUGUGGAGAAGCAAGAUCUGGGCUAUGUCCUGAUGAAGUAUCCAGAGCUGUUAGGGUUUAAGCUCGAAGGCACGAUGAGCACAUCGGUUGCUUAUCUGGUAAGCAUUGGUGUGAGUCCUAGGGACAUUGGUCCAAUGGUGACUCAGUAUCCUUACCUUUUGGGAAUGAGAGUUGGAACCAUGAUCAAACCUCUCGUAGAGUAUCUGAUUUCCAUCGGUUUGCCGAAGAAAAUAGUGGCUAGGAUGCUAGAGAAACGUGCAUAUAUCAUUGGAUACAAUCUCGAGGAGACUGUUAAACCAAAUGUAGAUUGCUUGAUUAGUUUUGGCAUCAAGAAGGAGCUACUAGCUUUGGUUAUAGCACAGUAUCCUCAAAUUCUCGGUUUACCAGUAAAGGCCAAGAUGUCUACACAACAUUAUUUCUUUAGUUUGAAACUCAAGAUUGAUCCUGAAGGAUUUGCUCGUGUUGUUGAGAAAAUGCCACAGGUUUUAAGCCUUAAGCAGAACGUGAUAAUGAAACCCGUUGAGUUUCUCUUGGGACGAGCGUUUCAGCUCGAAGACAUUGCGAAGAUGGUUGUGAGAUGUCCUCAGAUCCUUUGUUCCAGAGUCGAACUCAUGAAGAAUAGCUACUACUUUUACAAGACCGAGAUGUGUAGACCGAUGAAAGAACUCGUGGAGUAUCCUGAGUAUUUUACUUAUAGCUUGGAGUCGAGAAUCAAACCGAGGUACCAGAAGCUACAGAGCAAAGGAAUUAGGAGUUCGUUGAACUGGUUCCUCAAUUGCAGCGACCAAAGAUUUGAGGAAAGGUUGGAAGGAAACUUUAUCGAUCCAGAUACUGAAGGUCCAGUGUUCGACAUGGGUGGGAAAUUAGACAUGCCUGGUGGUCGUGGUGGUGGGAUUGUGUCUGAUGAUGAGGAAGAUGAUGAAAGUGACGAUGAAGUUCUCUAUAGACGCACUGUCACUUUGUAGAAUUAAUCAAAAGUUGUUAGCUUUGUCAAGCUCUUAUACUCUCUUGUUGUUUUACUGGACUAGAGUUUGUGGAAACGUAUUGUCUUCUUUGUUCUCAGGCAUGUGGUCAAAUGUGGAUUAGAUCAACAAGAAUACUCUGGCAAGAGUAUAUUGGGUUGGAAUUAUAGUUAU